CGCCAACAAAACUGACCUGGCACGGGAGGGAGACACGCCAAAAAUGUCCGCGGAUCCGCGUGACCCAGCCAAGCCCUGCGGCCCGACCCAACCUCCGAGACCCGCCGCCGGGAACUCGCACGCGCAUCCGCCGCCCGUUCUCCGCUGACCGUGCCCACCCUCCCCGCCGGCCGAGUCAACCCACCCGCCCAACACGAAACCAUCCCAACUCCCCUCCAUUUCCGCCCAAAAAAUUUCCAGCAAUAGCAAAGCUCACCAGAAUGCGGCCUCUCCUCACCGUCGUCGCCGCCGCCGUCCUCCUCCUCCUAAUCCCCCUCGCCGCCGGCCAGGGAUUCCGCGGCUUCUCCUACCUCCUCGACUGCGGCGCCGCGGCCUCCUCCACCGACACCCGCGGCCUCCGCUGGGACCCCGACGGUCCCUACGUCUCCGCCGGCUCCGCCCGCACGCUCUCGGUCCAGGGCCUCCUCGACCCCACCCUCGCCUCCCUCCGCGGCUUCCCGUACCGCCCCGCCGUCAAGUUCUGCUACGCGCUCCCCGUCGACCCCAACCGCCGCUACCUCCUCCGCCCCACCUUCUUCUACGGCUCCUCCUCGCCGCCCCCGCCCGUGUUCGACCUGAUCGUCGACGGCACCUUCUGGACCGCCGUCGACACCGCCGAUGACAUCCUGGCCGGCAGCGCCUCGCACUACGAGGCCGUGUUCCAGGCCAGGGGCAGGAACUUGACCUUCUGCCUCGGUGUCAACUCCAACUACACCACCUCCGGCCCGUUCAUCAACGCGCUGCAGGUCAUCCAACUCCAUGAUUCGGUGUACAACGCCACGGAUUUCGGAAGCAGCGCCAUGGGGCUUAUUGCGCGCACCAAGUUUGGCUCGACUGGCGACGUCGAGAGGUACCCUGAUGACAGUUUUGACCGCUAUUGGCAGCCAUUUCCAGACAACAAACAUGCUGUCAGUAGUACCCAUAAUGUUACAUCAGCUGAUUUCUGGAAUCUUCCCCCUCCUGAUGUAUUUAAUACAGCUUUGGUGGCAGAGCAAAAUGCACCCUUGGUGUUGCAAUGGCCUCCAAUAUCUCUUCAGAAUGAUAGCUAUUAUGUUGCUCUUUAUUUUGCUGAUACCUUAGCUGAUAGUUCGAGGACCUUUGAUGUGAAUAUAAAUGACUACCAGUUUUACAAAGAUCUGACAGCAACAUCAGCUGGGCUUUCUGUCUUUGCAACUCAAUGGAUUCUCUCAGGCCUAACCAGAAUUAUAUUGACUCCUACGUCUGUUCUUCCGCCACUUAUCAAUGCUGGUGAAGUCUUUGGACUUUUUCCCAUCGGAAGACUGACAAUUACGCGGGAUGCACUUGCUAUGGAGAGUAUGAAGAGAAGCCUCCAAAACAUACCUGAUGAUUGGAUUGGAGAUCCAUGUAUGCCUCACGGAUAUGCUUGGACUGGAGUUACAUGUCUUGAAGGAAAAAACAUACGUGUCAUUUCAUUGAACUUUUCAAGUAUGGGCAUCUCCGGAUCUCUCUCACCUGACAUUGGAAAUCUGACUGCUCUUACUGAUAUAUUUUUGGCAAACAAUAGCUUGUCUGGAUCUAUUCCUGAUCUCACCAAACUGGGGAAACUCCAACGACUGCACCUGAAUGAUAACAAGUUGAAUGGAACAAUACCUCAGACAUUGGGGACAAUUCAGCCCUUGCGUGAACUAUUCUUGCAAAACAAUGAGUUGGGUGGAGCAGUUCCACUGAACUUGCUGAACAAAGCAGGGUUGACUCGCAAAUUUUGUCCGGGCAAUCAGUUCUCACAACCACCGUGCUGACGGUCAAACAUUUUAUCGAAGACAGUAGGAUGGUGUGUUUAUUCUUUUAGGAUGGGUAGACCAAGAUUUUGUAACCAGUCGAGUGUUUGUACAGUAAAACGAUUGGAAUCCAGUGAAACGAGUUGGCGGAAGCAGGUGAAGAUAAACAAUUCUGGUUGUACAGUGCUCUGUAGUUUACGUUGUCAGUGUGUAAUGCAAGGAGAAAAUGAACCGCUGUUAAA